GUUGCGAGGAGUGUUGUAGUGUUGCUGGUGUUUACAUGUAUAAUUGAUAUCUUAGACUAUCGUGAUACCUGAGCAACUGCAACAAUGUGAGCCAAUACCGUCACUGAGUGCAUAAAGACUGUGGAAAUGUAAUUACUGGAGUGUGGGACGCCGAUGACAUCUCUGAUAUACUCAAGCUUGUCAUGACUCCCAGGAUACGCGGACCAUCCUGGUUUGCUGUCUCCAGUUCAAGCAUAUGCGCAUGUGCACACACGUAACGGUGACUGUGCAUGAAGAGGAUGGGGGUCAACGCAUCAUGUCAGGCUGAUGCGGGGGUCGGUCCUCAGGCCAUCUUCAGCGCUUGGCGGCCUCCGUUUUUGGAAGUUCGGUGCCGAAUUGGAUCCGCUGUAUUUCCAACUCCGGAAAAAAAAAAGAAAUUGACAAGCCUGGCAACCCUACGAAAAAAAUUGAUUCGUCGGAGACGGUCAUCGAAGUCGUGUGAUCAUGCACGGGUGAUCCGAGAGCUGGUGAGUGACUGGAUGGUGCGGGAGGUGACAGCAUUGUAUGAGGAAUAUGAAGCAAGUGCCGCUCUCAAAGAUCUCACCGUGCAGGCUGAUCUUGCUCGACCGCCAGCUCCAACUUACAAACAAGAUCUGAGUGACCUCUUUGACUAUAAGUACUGCACAGAUGUUGACCUGGUGUUCCAGGGAGCCAUCUUCCCCGUCCACCGGGCCAUCCUCAGUGUCCGAUGUCCGUAUUUCCAGGAGGUGCUGAAAAAGAUACCAGGAUAUGGAGCCCAAAUUGGUGUGGAUAUACGGACUCCUGGUAUAGACAUCCCAAUGUUUAGUGCUUUAUUGCGUUACUUAUACACUGGUGAAUUUAAUGCGUAUGAUGGAACUAGCAAAGCCCAGAUGGGCCUUAGUAACUUGGACAUGUUAAUGCAAUUAUGCGAGGAAUUUGGGACGCCCAACCCGCUUGAGUGCGAUCUUAAGUACCUGUUAGAAUCUGGUGAUUAUGCCGACUGUGUGUUAGUGUUUUCAGCGAGUGGUGAUGUGAACCAAUCCGAUCAAAGUGGGGAGGCUGGCCCAUCAGACUAUGGUUUUCAUAAUCGAUUAGAACUUUAUUGCCAUAAAGCUAUUCUUAGUGCACGCUCACCAUUCUUUAGAAGCCUAAUUCAGCGAAGACAACGAUACAGUGAGGACAUGUAUGAAAGGGGCAUCCCUCAGCCCACUAGAAUAGUGUUAGAUGAAGGUGUCAUACCCAAGAGAUAUGCGCGCGUUCUCCUUCAUGCUGUGUAUUUAGAUACUCUGGAUCUUUCCUGCAUUAUACGCGAUUCCACCAGCACCAACAGUUUAAGUGAAGCUCAGAGCAUUGUGCAAACAGGCCGCACACACAUGACCGUUGUGGAGGAGGCUAUGGAAAUAUACCAAAUUGGUCGUUUUUUGGAGCUGGACAUCUUAACCCAGGGUUGUGAGGACAUGAUAGUCGAGUCAUUAAGCCUCGACAACCUGGUGUCCAUUCUCCGGUGGUCAGGGGAAGCUCAUGGCUCGGCGUGGGUCCAUCGGCAAGCUCUUCACUUCUUGCGCGAGGAAUUUUCUCAGGUUGCCCAGUCAGGAGUGUUAUUGGAAUUGGAAAAAUCUACUUUAUUAGAAGCCCUGACGUCAGAUUUCCUACAAGCGGCAGAACUAGAUGUACUACAAGCAACACUGCGCUGGGGAGAGCACCAGUUACUGAGACGUAUGGAGGAUAGAGAACCCAACUUAGUAUCACAAACGGCCCACUCAGUAACUCGGAAAGGUCUCAGGAAGAGGGACAUGAAUGAUGUUGAGCUACGAGAAAUUCUUUCUGAACUCUUACCUCAUGUGCGAAUGGACCACGUACUACCUCCCAACCAUGACAUAUUAACCCAGGCUAUAAAACGAGGAUUGGUAUCCACGCCUCCAAGCCAUAUGAUUGGAGAUGACACUACCAAUUAUCGGGUAAAUGCAUGGAUAAGAAGUAAAAAUAAUGGCUUAUUUGUUAAACCUCGACUUUUUACACCUUAUGCAGAAGAAAUUAAGUCUGUGGUAGAUGAGCAGACCGCUGGUGGGGUGGAUGUGGUGCGGCUACAGUGCUACGUGUCUCACAUCCCUGAUGCCUUAUAUAUGGUUGAGGACAAUGCUCCACACCAGCCAAGUUUUGCUCCAUCCACCACAGUAGAUGUUGUAGCAGCUGCUAUACCAGUACCUGACUCUGAGACAGUACUGGCAAUGGUGCGGAGAGAAAGAGAGUUGGUGUCCUCUCCUGGGUACCAGCGUGCUGCCUCCCUGCUCUUUGGUGACCGUCGCAUGCUGAGAAGACAAGUACGACUGCGUGUUGUCAGAGAGUUCAAUCUGCCAGACUCUGUUGCCGACGUGUUGGAGGGUGCCUCAUAUACUGAGGAGGAAGAGGAGGAGGUUGAACAGCGGUGUUCUGUGAGGGACGAGGGCAGGUCCAAGCUCCACCCUCCAGAGUUCUUGCUCGACCCAUUACUCGACCCUCCACCUCAUCACUUUCGUCUAUUACAGGGUGAUGAAGGCCAUCUUAGUGAUGUUAUGCCAGAUGUGGCCCUAGCAUCUUCCUCGCUCUCAGCCCUGCAUCUGGGCUCCAGCAAUCUGGAUGACCGAGCGAUGGGCAGUCUUGAAGGACUCGAGGAUCUAGAAGGAACUCAGAUGUCACUUGAUUUGGGUGACGGCUCUCACCAUCAGGUUGGGUCACAUCUAACACUUGGCGGUUCUCAUCGUCGGAGGUCAAGUAGACGAUAUCGACUACCACCUCACCUGACACCGCCGCCUUCAAUGUCUGGUCAUCACACAUAUGGGGGUCCUUCCCCACGUUCUCCACACACUCCUCCUUUGCGACCACACACUACCACUGCCACUGCCACCACUACCCGUCAUCAUGCCACCACAACCCCUCCUUUGUUCCUCUGACAUCACCAUUUCCACUCCUUACAUUACCGCAGUCAUAGCCACCAUCAUUACCAUCAGGCGCGACACUCACCACCCACCAGGCCGCGCACACCCAUGUUCUGAAUGCCGCUAAUCUUUAUUGCCGCUUUUUAUAUUUAAUAUGCGUAUUACAGCAUGAUGCAACUGACAAGGUCUUAACAGCUCCUUGUCAGAUUUUUAAAGUUAUAAAUUCAAAAGAAAGCAACAGAUUGCUUACAAAAUUAAUGCCAUUGAUCAAACCCAUUUUAAACCUAUAUUCAGGUUUAAAAGUCUAUCACUGCCUACUCAUUUCAGGUGUACAUGACCAUAUUUAGAUGGUAAAUUGGCAUAUUUAGGUGUGAUGUAGUGGCCAUUCUCUAAUGAAUGACUGUGGAAGUAAGUAGUGGAAAGUUGUCAGGUCACUCAUGUGUUGCGUUUGUCAUUAGUGGCAAAAUCUUAUCUGCUUAUCAGCCAAAAAAAAAAAAUAUUUUUGAAAUUUAUUUGAUUAGCUAAUUGGCUUUAUUAUCUUUCAUGUCUAACCUUGGAUAUUGGAAAAAGAAAAUUUUAUAAGUUCAGAGAAACCUGUUUAGUCCUUGCAGAAACAUUUGUACUUUUAAUAGCUUAUUUUAUUGCAACCUGCACGCCUCAAAUUAAAAUUAGCCAGUGAUAUUUUCAGGACUGUAAUGUUUGACUCUCGCUAAAGGAGUGUGCAUAAAUUUUAAAGCAAGGAUGUAGGGGGUUGCAAAUGUUAAGUAGAUUCAAUUCAUAAUAUUUUUAAAUGUCCCAUUUGAAAUGCUUCUUGGUGAGUUACCACUGUCUAAAUUAGGAGACUAGGAUAUAUACUAAUGCUGACAACCAAGGGAAAAAAAAAAGUUAUUCGAAGACUAUACUUUUCGAGGAAGAUUCAAGUAGAGUAUUGUAUGUUCCAGUAAGGACGAGGUUUGGCAUCAUUGUCAUUACUUGCAUCUGUAUUCUCUUAUUUGCUCAUAGCUCGUUCUGAAUACUCUGACUGUAUUGAUGACUCAUGAGGUAAAUGUACUGAUGGUAUCCAACAAUUAAUUGCUCACUUCAUGAAUUGUCAGUAUUUUGUAAAAGAUUAUUAAUUAGCCAAGAAAAAUAUUGCUCGGUAGCUGGUACAUGAUAUAAGCACACAUCAUAUGUACCCACUCUUUAUCUCCUUGAGUAUUCAAACAUUUAAGUAAAAAUUGAGAAUUUAUUCCUAAAUGUUGAUCGGCCUCUGGUGGCAAGAGAAUUAGAUAAAUCAGGAUGAACAAUUUUCCUAAAAAAGUGUAUUUGUUGAAUCUCAGGAGAUGGCAUUCACUGAGAGUGGCUGAUGCACUCAUUGGUAUCUAAUGAUGUAUAUCCUUGGCCAGCCAUUAGAUUGGUCUUCAGUAGUAUUUUUUUUAGCAUUUGUAAUAUUUGUUAUAUGCCAUUACCUGAUUACAUACAUGUCUUUUAAGAGGCAAAGUAAAAUAGAGACUCGUUUGGUUGCUACCACAGACUGAUUGUUUAACUGGUCCUGUGAUAUGUUUGAAGCUGUGUUGAGAGAUUAAAAUUUUAAACAGAUCACGUCUCGCAAAUCAUCUGAUAUUGAAGGAUCAAACCUAUUUAUUUCAUAAUCUUUGUGCAUAGUGUAAUGAUAGGGCUUUUUACAUAUCAUAAGAAAUUUUCUUUUUCUUUGUAUUUUGUGUCUAAUGCAUUAGCAGUUUAGAGCCAUUUGUCUGCUAUCCCAAAGUCUGUGAUACUUUCAAGCUUCUUGAGAACUGCAUCUUGCAUAGUCUCGCACAAUUUAUAUUUAAUGCUAUUUUUAUUCAUUAUUGUGAAAGCAAGUCUUAGAAUUAGCCAAAGCUCAUAAUUACAUUAAUAAAUUUUUAAAAAUUAACUUAGGUUGACUGUAGAUGCUGAUGAAAAAAGGUUUGAUAUUCACCUGUCGAAUGCUUUAAGAAGCAUGUGCUUCUAUAUGUCACUAUUCCCAAUAGAUUUCCUAGUUUAACAUACAAGAUUAGGUCAUAAAUGAGAAUGGUUCACUUGCCUAGGUAUAGGAGCUUUGGUUAAAACUUACUGCUGAUGCUGAUGGCAAUAAUUGCCGAUGCACAACUCGGAAAAAUGUGUUUCUAAGUAGAGGAUGUGAAAUUUGCUAACAGAGAAUCUAAUUGAGUGUAUAUUUCAAAAUUAUUAAUGAGAAACUUGACUGAAAGCUCUUGUAAAAGUUGAUUAUGCAAUUUCUGUAUUUUAUCAUAAGAUUUGUAAGUGUACAUUUGCAUUAAUUGAGAUCAUUGCCAAAGAAUUAAUUGCCUACCUAAACUCGUUUCUCAAUAUUCAUUGUCACUGAUGGUCAUACUUGAUUACAUGCUCACUCAGAAAUGACAUUACAAUUAUGGUGGUAUAAAACUAAUCAUGAAUGUUUUCAGGCAUAUGAGUAAGCCAGAGCAGGAGUAUCUUAUUGUUUUCCUCACAUUACAUAAACAUAGCUACAUUCUUCCAUGUUAUCUUAGGUGGCUAGUGUCUUUAUCAUCCUUGUUAGUCAUGUUUUACAGCUAAAAAUAGCACUAGCAGACUUGGGGCAGGAUUCAAGAGUUUUAAUAACUAGCAGUAUUUUGUCUUAUGUCAUUUCUUUUCAUGGACUGUGCACUUCAAAAAUAGUCUAAAAUUAAGUCCAGUAUUUUUUUAAGAUGUCAGUAGCAAUAGUUAAGUACUAAGUAGAUUGUUAUUCACUGGUUAUUAUUGAAUUUAAAUGUGGCUGUAUUUUUAAGGUUUUUCGGUAAUACAGUUUUUUCAACCACCAGUGAGGUGUUCAUGAGCUGUAGGAUGAACCAUAGAAUUUGGUUGAUUAUUUGAGGCAAAAUAUUGAGUUGCUGACACAUUGUUAACUCUACCAACUAAUGUUCUCCUUUGUCAGCCCCAAAGUCUCCUGCCCCAGUGAGAGGUUAAGAGUACAACAAUUUAUAUUCGUACUCCGGCCCCAUAAUGGGCGUCAAAGUGCCUACAGUGCGGACCAAGUGCAACACUGGCGGCAGGUGAAAUUGUCAGCCAAGGUCGCGUCCAGUCAAGAUUAGUAGUCAGAGGGGGAAACCAUGGGCAGUGUGUCCUUGUCAUUAAGAGUAUUGGUUGAGGGAGAAGUAUUUUACUGGAUGUGCAGUGCCAACACAAGAUAUUCAGUAACAAAACUUAUAUUAGCUACACUGAUAGAAUGUUGUUUUAUUGCAAAUAUUAGAAGUGGAUUACUUUCAUGAAUCUAUUAUGAAUGCCAUUUCACUCUAUUGAUUAUAUUUAAUGAAUGAAUUAAAAAUUAUUAAAUGUAAUAAUAAUAAUAUUUUUCUUCAUACAAGAAAAUGAGCAGUUAUAUAUUGUAAAAAUAUAAAUACACUUCUGGGUUUUCAGAGUCCUAAAAUGGAAAAAGAAAAGUGUUCAAUGAUUUACUGCUUUAGUCAGUAAUAUUUGCAGCUCUCGUUAAGACUCUACAUGGGUUAUGUGCCAAAUUCAAAGAUAUAUUUACACCUGAUCAUAUCAAGGGUAAACUAAGAAAUGUUGCUUUACACAAACUGCUCUUGAGAUGAGUUUGUCAUACUAGUUACAGUACCAUACAGUUAAAAAAUUGGUGUUAGAACUGAAGAAUUUUUUACUUUUAUUGAGGCUGAAUCAGCCAUGUGUAUAAAAAAGUUAGAUAUCAGCUGGGUAUAUCAGUACUGCAUCAGAAUUUAAAAGAAGUGUGUUUUGUAGCAUGUUUUAUAAUAAAAUUGAAGAAACAACAAUGCAAGAUGGGUAACUGCACAUAACUGGUUGGAAUAAUGUGACUGAUAUUCUAAUACCAUUUACCUGUUGUAACUUUUCUGUUAAUAAAGAAAUCAACAGAAUUGAUAAAAAGUAUUUUCCAGCCAGUGUCAUGUUGCAACCACUGUAUCUUUUAAUAAGUUUGUAUUCUCUCAUUUACUUGACCAACCCCAUCAGAAUGAUUGCUAUGCAUCAUAAUCUGAAAGGACUUACAUUUAAGGGUACUGCUUGGAGGACCACUAAUAGGUGUUUGGGCGACUCGUGCUACACCUAUACAAUAUUCUGUAAGGUAUGUUACUUCCAUUCAGAUUGAUCUAAAAAUAAAACUUUGUGCACUUUGUCAACAAUAUACUUGCAGGAGUGUAUUACUGUGAAUCCUGUUAAUACAUAAAAAUUAAAAAAAUUGCCCUCAUUCUUAGUAUCAACUUUGUAUAUUACAUUGCAAUAUUAGGCAUAAUUUUUUAACACUAUUUUCUUUUCAUACUAUACAAGGAUGUAACAUCUCUUUGUUCUAUGCAUGGUGGAACAUGAACUUUUUAAAUACAUUGCUAAAUGUACAUUUGAUUUUACAAGCUUCAUGUUAGUCAUAUUUACAGCCAAGCUAAGAAGUGUGAGGCAGUUGAUUCUUAAAAUAUAAAAAAUGAAAGUAUAUUUGGUUCUGGUACACCAUUUCCACUCUGUCCUCUCCCUAACGUCUACUCGUACUUUUCUUGCUAAUUUUGUUAGUACAUUUUAAUAGAUCUUUACAUUUGUUGUCAUUGUUAUUCAGAAUUUGUGGCUUCCUUGUACUGUUAUCCUUUAUAUGUUUCUCCUUUUAUUUAGCAAUAAAAGGCAAUCAUAAUUUAUAUAAAUACUAUUAAGCCAUUAUUCCAUUUAGCUUUGUUUUCUGCAAAUUACAUUUAUUGGCUGUCUGGAGCUGUAUAAUCUAAUAAUGCUGUUUACCCUCCAUAUAUACUUAAGCAUGCUUGGGCAAAUAUUAGUUUAAACAGAUUUUGUAGCAUGAGACUUGCAUUCCACCCUGUCUCACUCAUUCUCCAUUCCCAUUUUCCUCUCAACAUGCCAUUAUUCAAAUAUAGUAUCUAUUUCUUUAUUACCUCUUGUCACUAGCAUUAAGAUAAUCCAAGCAGUCUCCUGGCUCCUUCUCCAUGACUACACCUUUGAUAUCACAUUCCUAUUGCAAGAGGUGGUUACUUAUAUAAUCUUCAAGAUUUCAUCCAUGUAUCAAUUUUGUAAAAUAUUGAAAGCUAAAGUGACUUCAUUUUUGUGGGAUGCCAUAUAGGAGAGCAAUAAACUGCUCUGAGAUCAGUUUAAGAAUCCUCUAAUGGUGCUCAAGAAGCUCAAUGAUAAAGAUUUAAAAUAGUGCCCAGUUAGCAGAAUUAGUGUCUUAACUGCUAUUAUUAUUUUUACUUGUUAUUUCCCCAGUUCUGAUAUAUUAUCAGUGUUGUUUGGUCCUUAACUAUGGUACUCCUUAGUCGAGGGCACAGGAAAAGUGACAGUGUUUAGUGCUCUCUGAAAAGUAACUUGGAAUAUUGUGUAGCUUCUUUGUCUCACUCGUCAUCUUUUACCACCUGCAGUCACUCUUUAGUUAACAGAUUGUUUCCAUAUAUCUUCAGUACUGGAAGUAUAGAUCAGAUAUUCAGUAGUUUAUAUAGUUACAUUACAAACUUCUUGAUUAUUAUUGUUUACACAGAACUUUUGACCAUUUUUUAUGAUGUUUAUCCAGCAGUUGAAGGUAGUCUUUGCUGGUGAGUUUAUACAUUCUCUUAUUUUCAACAUUCCUCUUAACUUGUAUACAAACUGCCUUUUUCUUUUUAUCAUAAAUCUAAAAAUUUUGUUAACACUACAGUUAUACAGUGCAGUAUUUCAGCAGCCAAGUCUGUACAUUCUCUGGUCCAGAUAACAUUUUGGGAAACUAACUCAAUUAUCAACUUUCAAAAUAAAAUUAGUAUUUAUUAAGGCCUAGAAGUUUUUACGGACCAAAACUAAUGCAGAAUGUAUCUGUUGACAAAACAUCGUGAUCUCCAUGCAUAUAAAGAGUAGCUUUAUAUUUUAUAACUCAAGUGCUGUGAAAAGUUGGUCAUUGACAGUGGUGUUGAAACCAUAUUUCUGGUUUUUCAUGGCAGCUAAACUGACCCCUUGAAAAGCAGAGCAGCAGUUGAGGUUGAUCGGCUCGUCUUUAUGCCUUAUUGCUCUUUGUGACACCAUGGACAUAUAUGAAUUUUUCUGAAUGUACAGUAUAAAAUGUUUCUAUGUGAGUGAUGCAUUUUUGUAAAUGCCCAAAGUGUGUGAUGUUGAUAUGUAGUAGUUUAUUGUGAAUGCAUUAAAAGUCUUGUAUGAGUGAUGCAUGUUAUUACAACCAAAAGUGUGCGCCUUUGACAUGUGUAGCACAAUUGCUAGCAAUGAACAUGCUGACUGGUUAUUGUACAUACAUGAAUUGGUAGUGUUCUGUAAAUAGUAGUCUUUUGUACCAUUGCUUUCCACAUAGGUUUUGACUAUUGUGAAUGCUAUAUGUGCAAUGAAAUUGGAUAGCUGAUGAAGCUCGUCCAUUCUCUUUAUUUUUUGUACAUUUUUCUUUUUCACGUUAAUUGUUUAAUUUUGUGCCAAUGUUGUUGUCCGAUCACAGUAUUUAUAUCUAUAAAUUGUAAAUGUUUA